AUGGGCAGGUUGCAAGCCUCUAGUCCCAUGAGUUUUUGGGAGAACUUCCGUUCUCCCGGAGUGGACAUGCUUUUGGUCGGACUGACGUGCGGGAUACAACGAUGUCAUGAGUCAGUCUUGGCUCAGCAGAAACAGGGAGUUCAUACCCUGAAUCCACCUGCGUCUCUGGGCAAGCACAAGUUAUACAAUUUCUACAUUGACUAUCCGGUCGCUGAACUUCUAAGCUGUGCUGGUUUCUUUCUAUUGUUCUUUCUUGAGGAGGUAGUGAUCAUGGCCAUACCUUCCCUUGCACAUUCCCAUUCUCACGGUGGACACGGUCAUGGGCAUAUACCGGGAGAAAGUACUCCUCUCACUAAACAAGAACUAGGCGGUUGCUGUAUGACGGGCAGUUAUGUUCCACCGUUGCCUGCAGCUGAAGCGAACGAGCACUCUGGUCAGGCCACUUCUAGUUUGGUUAAAGAGUACGAAUUGGAGAACUCUGGUGGUGAGGAAGAAGGUGCUGGACACUGUCAGAAACACUGUCCAUUGACGGUGCAUCGCGUUAAAAAGAGCUCUGAACCUCGAGAGACCCAAUGCAAAGCAUCCAACGAGUCCACACCACUAUUUCAACACCGCCUUCAAUCUUACGAUAGCAUGAGCGCUUUGAGAGAAGUUAAAGAAAUCAGCAAAACUUCCCCCAAAGAUCCAUGCCCAUGUGAGAAGCAUUUAGGAGUAUUUACUUCGCUUGUGUUUGCUGAACCGGAACGAUGCGAGACGAAUUGCGAAAAAGUUAAUGAAGAUCCCCCGAUUCUGAUGAAGUCAUCUCCACAUGCGCAUUCUCACGGUGUCCGAUCUAUCACUUUUGUUCUUGCUCUAUCGAUUCAUUCGGUUAUCGAAGGUGUCGCUCUUGGUGUGGGGGACAACACUUCUGAAACGACGGCAUUGUUUUUGUCCCUCCUCGUCCAUAAAUUGAUCGUCGCAUUCUCUGUUGGGUUGCAGUUAGCCCGCACCCAUGCUCAUCAACUGCAAUGGGUAGUUGCUUCGGUGUUUACAUUUGCGCUGAUGUCUCCGUUGGGAGCUGUAAUCGGGAUGGCUGUUCAGUCUGCUGCCUCGAAUAGUUUCAGCAAAGAUGUGACCAUCACAAUUUUACAAGGAUUAGCUGUCGGCACAUUCCUCUACGUCACUUUCUUUGAGGUGCUUCUUCAUGAGCGUGACAACGAACAUCCCAAUUUGUUAAAGCUGCUUGUGAUGCUUGUGGGAUUCUCAUUCAUAGGUCUCCUCCGUCUAGUCGACAAUCAUGAACAUUCUGACUUUUCACAAGUCCUGGAAAAUUCCACUCAUAUUGGAGCAAUGCGAGGAGCUCAUUUUGGUAAUCAUCAUCAUCAUCAUGGUCAUCAUGAUCACUCGCAUUGA